GACACACUUCCGUGCUUGGUGUUCAUGAAAACAUUUGCGGUUGCUCGAUGGCUGCGUUCUUUUCCCGCGCUCUGCUGCCCUCUUGCAGUGCGGAGCGGUGGUGAAGGCGGUACUACAGUGUAAGAUGGCGGCCGGAGGCAGGCUGCAGCGAUCUGCUCGUUUUUAACGUUUACGGCGGAAGGACGCGGGGACGGCAGACGUCACACAGCAGGCUGCGAUGCUGUGACUGCUGACUCUGCCUGCUUUCUGAGGAGGACAUGGCAGCCGAGCUGUUCUCCACCAGUCUCCCUCAAGACGAGGAGGUGGAGGUUCUGGAGGUGAAGAAGAGCUUCAUUCAGGUGAGCGACCUGCAGCUGACUGCCGAAGACAUCUGUGGAGACAGCGGCAUUGCCGCCUCACAGCCAAAUAACCAUGACGGGAACCCGGAGGAAACAGACAGCUGGCAAGCUUCCCACCCCACCCUCAGAGAAAGGAACGCUCUGAUGUUCAACAAUGAGCAGAUGGCUGAUGUCCACUUCAUUGUCGGUUCUUCAGGAGAGACUCAGACAGUGCCUGCUCAUAAGUACGUCCUGGCGGUGGGCAGCUCGGUGUUUGGAGCCAUGUUUUAUGGAGAUCUGGCAGAGGGACAGUCUGUGAUCCAGAUCCCUGAUGUUGAGCCGGCUGCUUUUCUCAUCCUCUUAAAGUACAUGUACAGCGAUGAGAUUGAGUUGGAGGCUGAUACCGUGCUCGCCACGCUAUAUGCUGCUAAGAAGUAUAUUGUCCCUGCUCUGGCGAGGGCCUGCGUAGCCUUCUUGGAGACGAGCCUUGAGGCAAAGAAUGCCUGUGUGCUGCUGUCUCAGAGUCGGCUGUUUGAGGAGCCGGAACUGACGCAGCACUGCUGGGAGGUGAUCGACGCUCAAGCCGAACUCGCUCUGCGCUCUGAAGGUUUCUGUGAGAUCGACUUGCUCACGCUGGAGAUAAUCCUGCAGAGAGAAACACUCAACACCCGUGAGAUCGUGGUGUUUCAGGCACUGCUGUGCUGGGCGGCGGCAGAGUGUCGGCGGCAGGGCUUGACAGUGAACCCCAGGAAUCAACGCACGGUGCUUGGUAAGGCCCUGUACCUGGUCCGAUUCCCUUCCAUGACACUGCAGGAGUUUGCAGAUGGGGCAGCGCAGUCGGAUGUGUUGACGCUCAAAGAGGCCCACGACGUCUUUCUGUGGUUCACUGCUACCAACAAACCCAGGCUGGAAUUCCCCACUGUGAAGCGGGCGGGGCUACUGCCACAGAGGUGCCACCGCUUCCAAUCCUCAGCCUACCGGAGCAACCAGUGGCGCUACAGGGGGCGCUGUGACAGCAUCCAGUUUGCCGUGGAUCGCAGGAUUUUUGUAGCUGGACUUGGUCUGUACGGUUCCAGUGGUGGGAAGGCAGAGUACGUUGUGAGGAUUGAAUUGAAGAGGCAGGGAACUGUUCUAGCCCAGAAUCUCAACAAGUUUCUGUCAGAUGGGUCAAGCAGCACCUUCUCGGUGUGGUUCGAGCACCCGGUGCAGGUAGAGCAGGACACCUUCUACACAGUCAGUGCCGUCCUGGACGGAAACGAGCUGAGUUACUUUGGCCAGGAGGGGAUGACUGAAGUGCAGUGUGGGAAAGUGACCUUCCAGUUCCAGUGCUCAUCAGACAGUACCAAUGGCACUGGGGUGCAGGGGGGGCAGAUCCCAGAGCUCAUCUUCUACUGUUGAACUGGACCCAGGGAUUCAGCCAACAGGCAGGAAGUCGGAGCCUGGAGCUCAGAUUCAAUCAAUGGACCUGGCAAUUGGAAAUUGGCAGCUGAUUGAACAAUGCCGUGGACCUGAGAGCUGAUUGGCUGUCAGGUUUUUAGAAGUGUUUGGUGUAUAUUAAAGUCUCCUGAAUAUUUGAGAAAAUGAA